UGUAGUCCAUCAACAACAGUCAACUUCCUGUAACAUUCCCUCAGAAGAUUAGCAGCGGAUGCAAAUCCGACGGUGUCAUAAAUUAGACCACUUGCGCACAUGAUAAAGCGUCGUAGAAAACAAUAUAAUACUUUUUCUUGGUCUUAAUAACUUAGCUCUGCAAGAAUGGGUAAAGACAAGAGAAAGGGAACAGUGGAUGAACUGAAUAUGAACAUACCUAUUUGGACAUUCGCAGUCGUCACUGUCGGUCUGCCGGGUGUGUCACUGGCGCUUUGCUUCAUCACAGGCUUUAUUUUCAGAUUUGAUGAUGUGAACGAGACGAUGUGUGAGGUCAAAAACUACAUCCCAUCAAUCAGCGCUGUGACAGGAAUAACGCCCCAGACGUACGUAUGGCGUACUUGUAUCGCCCUACACGCAGCUCCUAGAUUUGCUGUCACCCUUAUAUACUACAACUAUUACCUGGCUAGGAUACAGCACGUCCCAUCCCACAGAGUUGGGCUGUUCAAGUUUCUCAUCAAACUGAACUUCUGGCUCAACUUUGUUGAGAACUCUUGCCUGGUGUUGGUGGCUUACAUCACAAACAGGGAGAAUUAUCCGGUGCAUGAAAAAAUCUUUGUUGUAUUCAUGGUCACCUCACUGUGCUACAUGCUCUUAAAUACCAUCAUCUACAAAUGGACGAGAGGUCCAGAAAUGUCGGAGACGGAAAACCGCUCCUACUGGUGGAAAAAGGCAAUGUUUGUGUCCAUAUCAGCAGCAACAAUAGGACUUAUAUUUUUCUUCAUCCAGCACAGACUUUUUUGUGUAGUUGGAGCAUUCAGCAUGUUCUCUGUGUGUGAGUACGUCAUCGCCUACACCAACAUGGCUUAUCACUUCACCGGCUACCUCGACUUCAAGGGCCAGUCACUCAUGUUUGGUCAGCUCCAGAGGGAAGGAGAUAAUCACAACAGCAAUGGAACAGCACUCACCGACAACAGCAAUGGGACAGCACUCACCAACAAUAACAAGGACAAAGCAAAAGUUCAUUGAUACUUCUGCAGCUUUAGUUCUGUGUUUGUACGUUUUUGAGUUUUGUGCUAUCGAAGAGGCCCCUGGUGUCUUUGCUAUUGAAGAGGUUACAGAGGUCACUAUGUCUGUGCUAUUGAAGAGGUCAGUAGUGUUUUUAUUCUUGAACAGGUUGGUGAUUUGUUUUUCUGUUUUAAAAAAUUCCUUAGUUUAGCAUUAAGGGAAGGGGGAUAAGUAAGAGUGACUUUGCAUAGGUUCUGGAGCCGAAUGUUGGUUGGCAGUCACAGAAUGUGGCUGUUUUGUGAUGGGUAACUCACCGCAGUUUCUUUGUAGUUUGUAGGGACUGGGCAAGGUAGUCGAUGAACCGAGACGUGUCACCACCUGCCUCUGGAUAUGGUUGUUUCCAUAAGGAACCUCACUCGUCACUCCAUGUGAGGUACUUUCUUGUAUUUGUUCAUGAUUUACUUGAGGGGAGUGCAAGACAUCUUCCAUGUUCUGUUUCUGCUUUUCCUACUUAAACGGCUGUAUUUAUUAAGUGGUGAUUGGCUCUGCUUCACCAGGCACAAAGCCACUUGUCUGUAGCCAACAAGUUGAUUUUUCUUUGUCUGUCAAAAAGUCUCAUUUAUGUAUGAGAUGCUUGUUUUUAGACCUAGAUGCUGUUGUUUCUUCUUUUCUUAUUGCAGUCAGUCUGUUCAGUUUUUAUAUCUUUUCUCAUCUUUGCUUGAAACCGAACGAUCAGUAGCAGAUUUUUGUGGUAAGAAAUAGUACAAAAAUAUGCUUGGAGCAUCCUUUUGCUCAUUUGAAAAUGUUCUAGCCUCUGGGUUGUUAUCUGAACAGUUUCAGUUUGAAGCUUGAUAAACACUAGUGUUGGAUUAUCAUGAGCAUAAAGUACUACUCUUCUAGAUUUCACAGCAUUGUUGUGAGUGAAAAAGAUAGAAGUGCCAGUGUUAAAUGAACACAUGACAUUUUACCUUCGUGUUUAUUAACAAACUUAUGACAAACAUGUCUCCCACAAAACCUGAUGAUAACCGCAGUCGGAAAAAGCAAAAAGUAUAGAAAAGUUGACUUAGAUCUUUCCUGUAUGAAGAGUUUGCAAAGACAUUGAGUCAUAAACAAUGGUGCUUUUGAUUGUAAGCCAUAGAAAGUUAGUUCCAUUUUUAUUUGGAGAAUCACUUUUAAACUACAAAUGUGCUUUUUACAAAAACAAGUAUCAGGGUGUUAUUAUAUUCACUGAAUCCUUUCAGUUUUGUUGCAAGAAAGUGUUUGUUUAUUUUGUUUUUGUGUUGGUUUUUUCGGGGGGGGGCGGGGGACAUUUUUACUGUUUGUUGUUGACAGAAAUGUUCCCAUCCUAUUCUGGGUAUCAUGUAUCUAAUAUAAUAUAUGAUUGUCUGGACUUACAGUUUUCUCAGUUCUGUAUUUUACUUACUGUUCUUUCAUUCUUCUCCCAAGAACAAUCAAAUGAAAGUAUACAUUGUUUUUUUUGUUUGUUUUUUUUAUUUAAAAAUUGUUUCAUCUUAGUGAUGAUAUCUAUUUUUCAAAGUGAUUCUUUCAUUUAUUGUCUUUACUUAAAGUGUUUAAUAUUUUAGUGACUCGUGAACUGCCAAAUCAAAGUACAAAUCUGUCAUUGUGAACAAAGGGCAUGUUGUUGGGAUGUUAGUUUUUCUUUUGUUCCGUUUGCCCCCCAUGAUGUUGCAGUAAUUUGUUACCUUGCACAGAGAUAUGUGAUGUAUUUGUUCCACAGAAUACCACGAUAUUACUUUACGGACCUUGGUCUCUCGUUUUUGAACAAAGUUUGAAUUUUAUCUACUUUUUGGAACUGGGAAGUCUCUUUUUUAGAUCUGUCACAAACAAAGAAAUCAAUGUGAAGACCCAAUCAUAAAAUUGUGGGCGUACAAAACUUAAGCGUUAAUUUUUAACAUUAUUUUUCUUUAUAAGACUUCUGGCGAGUGGCAUGUUUUCCUAGAGAAAUGAAUCUGAUCUAUAAGUCGCACUGUUAAUUUGCUGUCAAGAAAAUGGAUUGUUACUAUCUCUAGUCAAAACAUACUGUUGCUUUGUUUGUGUAUUUGAAAGUGCUGUUGCAGUUUAAAUUCUAUGGUAUUCUCUUACUGAGAAACAGGGCACUGGGAAUACCAUUUCAAGUUUUUCUUCAGAGUUGUUCAGGGUGAUUAAAAAAGAAUGGACAGAUUUUAUGACACAUUGUUUCAGUUCUCAAGUAUGUGAUCAUUUGAAAGAGGAGUUUUCUAAAUUUGGAAUGAAAGAGAAUUAACCCAUUUUAUGAUGCAUUGCUUCAGUUCUCAAGCAUUGUUAUAAAAUGGGUCAGUGACCAUUUGAAAGAAGAGUUAUCUAACUUUUGAAUUGCUGUGCCCCAGUGAUGGAUUGGUCAGAAAUGGGCUCAAGACCUUGCUCUCUGUGCUUGGCCUGCCAGAUCCUCAGACCUUACAGUGUGAUCUUUUUUCUGGUGGGGAUAUGUAAAAGAUUGCAUUUGUGUUUCACCACUACCUACUAACCUCGAUGACCUUAAACAUUGAAUACAACAGCAACCAACUUAGUGGGACGUGAUAUGCUGAGACGCCUCUGGGAGGGAUUCUCUUAUCGUAUUGAUGUUGCCCAUGCUGGUGCUGGUGGCCACAUUGAAUACUUGUGAGACUUAAUUUGAGUUUUCUAUUGCUUUUCCUUAUUAAAAUAUUGCGUAAUGAAAUCAGUUCAUUAUUUUUAAUCACCCUGUAUUUUUUUCUCUGAGGUUCUUUGCGUACCUUAGAACUGAACUCUUAUCGUAAUGCUUGUGUAUAUGUGAGUGUUUCCUCUCCCAGAGGAAAUGAAGCAAUAUUCAGAACAAUUUUUUGGAAAACUAUUAUUAUAGAUGUCCAGUAGAAAGAUGUUUAUACUUUUGAAUCUUUUAGUCCAUUUCGCAUUCAUUUUGGAUGCGGUGGGUAUUGUUCAGUGUUAUCAUCUUCUCAUGUGUGUUGCCUUUUUCAACUCUCAGUAGAAACCUGCCUUUGGUAUUGAUUCUUCCAGAUGUAUUUGUUGUGUGUUGUAUACAUAUUAUAGACUGGUGGGCUUCACAGCUGGCUAGGGGUUGUGAGGGUGUCCUUCAUGUUAACUUUUCUAACUGUAGUGUUGGUUCAAACUUGCUUUGGCUAGUGAGUGGUUGGUGGGCGCUCCAGUGUGGUUUGCUCUUUCUUUCCUAUUUAACAUCAAUUUCGUCCUUAUCUCUCCCCUCUUUGUCUCUGUAUGUGACUCUCUAGUAUUGUAAUCUUCAAACCUAAUAUGACUGCUUUGUUGCGCAUGUGCUGUUAAACUCAAACUAAAACUAAUCUCUCUGGCUUUCUCUUUGACAGUUUUUCUUGCGUUCAUUUUCCCACUCUCCACACAGACAGAACUAGUUGUAUUUACAACACUGAGAGCCAGAUUAAGGUGAUUCCUUCAUUUCUAGUGUGAACUUAUUCAAUUCUGUGUAAUUUAUGGGAUCUAACUCAGUUCUGUGUAGAUUUAUAGGAACUUAUUCAAUGCUCUGUUUGUAUGAUGAAGAAAAAACUGUAGCAAAAAUCUACUACUUAAACAAAAGUUUUGUCAGGCAGAGAAUGGGGCCCAAGAGUCAUUAAGUUUGAUCAUGAAUUGGAGGUACAUUUUAUGUUCCAAACAGAGCAUGCAAUGGUCAAGACAAUAACUCUUUUUUCACAGCUUGGAGACAUAGUGUAAUUGUCGGUGACAACAAUGUCACAUAUAUACAGUUUGAAGGCUUGCUAUGUUACAGUUUGUGACAAAGACAUUACUUGUACAACUUGAAAACAUGUGAUGUAACAGUUUAUGAUAACGACUUUACUUGCAGAGCUUGAAGACACAUAAUUGUAACAGAUCAUGACACUAACACUAUUACAACACAGCUUGAAGACAUUUAAUGGUAACAAAUCAUAACACUGACACUACUUACACAGUUUGAAGACACAUAAUGGUAACAGAUCAUGACACUGACACAACUUACACAGUUUGAAGACACAUAAUGGUAACAGAUCAUGACAACGACACUACUUACACAGCUUGAAGACGUCUGGUGUAACAGUUCAUGACAACGACAUUACUUACACAGCUUGAAGAUGUCUGAUGUAACACUUCCUGACAAAGCACAGCUUCCUGUGUGUUAACAGGUCAUGACAACGAUAUUACUUACUCAGCUCUUGUGUUCUCGGAAAUUGAAGACACAAAAUGUCACAGUUGGUUGUACAUGAAUAAUCCCCAUUUGCAACCUGUCUGUCCAAUGGGUUGUUAGAGGGCACCACUGGUGGGUCCAAUUUCUUUUCUUUCCCUCUGUUGUUUCUGUCUGUCUGUCAAUCUGUCUGUCUGUCUGUCUGUCUUACUCUUUCCCAGCACUAUUUGGCUGUUCAUGUCGAUGUGCUUUUCUUUACCCAAACAAAUUCAAACCUUCCUAUUAAUGUUCUGUUUGCGCCUGGCACUUAAACACAGGUAUUUUACGUGAUGGUUUGUAGAUUUAUGAAGCAUAUGUCUAGGUUUUUACUUGUAUGUGAUACAGAGUAUGUCAAUGUUAUCCAUGUGAUAUAGAAUUAUGGACAUGUUAGUGUUUUCUUUGUGAUAAAGAAUUAUGGAUAGGUUAAUGUUUUCUAUAGAAUGUGUCAUUGUUUUCUGGGUGGUGUCAUGAUAGUUCUGUUGUCUAUAGAUCUUGUUCACAUAUGAUGCGUGAUGUCUGUGGCUGACAGCCUCACAAUGGAUUGUGUAUGUUUCUGGCAAAACUUUUUUGUGAAGGUAUUCUUUACAAGGGUUUUUUAUGUAGACUUGCUGUAUCCCUUCAUAUGCCCCACCACCAUCCCACAUUCUCUAUGUCUCUUCUCUUCUUUCUAGCCCCACCUCUGUCUCCUAGAUCAGCAUGGCCAGAUUCUGACAAUUAGUUGAAUUAUAUGUGAGUUGAGAGAAUGGGCUUUAUAUUGGAAGGUGUAAAACAAUGUGUACAUUCAAUAUAUGAUAAGACUUUUAAGUCACAGUCUGUAUUAGUUGUAUUGUGUAGACUCUAUAUGUCACUCCCAGACUUUGCUUGUUGUAUUGUGUAGAUUCUAUAUGUCAGUCACAGUCAUAUUACGUAGAUUCUCUUUAUCUGUGGGAGUUGUAGAUUGUACAUGGCAAUAUUGUCAAGGACAGACUGCCCUUAGUUAUUUAUGAAAAGGUUUUCUUUCUGUUUCAUAUACACACCCAGUGAAUGUGUCGCUGUAUCAUCCUUAUCACUCCCUCUUCUUUCUUCUUUCCUAUGUAUGUUACUCUCUAGUAAUAACACCUUCGGCACUUAUGGUAACUAUUUGUGCUGCAAGUGCCAAAAACAACUACUGCAAUCCAAAAAAAAAGAAAA